ACACGCAUAUCGACUCGGUUGAACUCUGCCUGAACACUGUCGCUAUUGGAACGACAAUACAGAUCUCUAUCUCGGCACCACAUCACGCUACACGCACUUCAAUCGCCCAAAUGCAAGACUCACAACCCUCCACCGCGAACAUCGCAGUCGCAUGCGCCAUAAUCGCCGGUGUUACGGGCUAUAUGCUUGGACAGGCCAAGUCCCUGGGCUUAUUCGGUGGCAGUCCCAUCUAUCAGUCCCCGCAGAGAAAAGACAAGAAGGCAGACGGCUCAGAAGAUGAGGAAUCGAGUGACGAAGAGGACGAAGAUGACGACACCGCACCUGCCGAGUUCCCAGGCCACCCUGAGGAGUGCAAGCUGGUACUGGUCGUGAGGACAGAUCUAGGCAUGACAAAGGGCAAAAUCGGCGCGCAAUGCGGACACGCGACGCUGGCUUGCUACAAGCACUUCCUCAGACACGCGCCCAACUCGACGAUACUGCGACGCUGGGAACAGAUGGGUCAGGCCAAGGUCGCAUUGCAGAUCAAAAGCGAGGAGGAGCUCGAGACACUGCAGGCGCAAGCACUGAGCCUGGGCUUGGUGGCACACAUUAUCCACGACGCAGGGCGGACGCAGAUAGCGAGCGGAAGCGCAACGGUGCUAGGGAUCGGGCCUGCACCGAGGGGCGUCAUAGAUCAAGUCACUGGGCAUCUGAAGCUGCUGUAGAGGAGGAAGAUGCUGGGAGGACUGAAGCGUGAAGCUGCCAACCAGCUGUGCGCUAUGUAUAGUCUCUGAGAGAAAAUACUCGACGUGAUCUCAGCCCUGUUAUAAUGAUUUCAAGAUCAGCGCAUACUGCAAAAAAGAACAACGCGUAUUCAAGCAUGUAGCCGACUAGGUUUGUCCCAAGCAUUAUGGGCCGACGGCCUAGCAGAAGGGAACAGGAAUUAGUCCGCCUGGCGACGCGCCUUCCACCGAGUUCAAACCUUGCGGUGAACUCAGGCUUCUGGCACGUGCCGACUCACUCUUCAGCCUGUCGUCCGAAACAAUCUAUAAAAGGAAGAUGGCUCCAUGGAACGGACGAACUGCCAUAUUCUCAACCAGCCACGCCCCGGAGGACGGGCGGG